AUGGACAACCUCCCUCGCUCCGAAGAGGACCUCGCGGUCGAUGCCAUACUCUUCCUCGAGUUGCGCAAGCGCAUCAUCCAAGACCUGGACCAACACAGGGCCAAUUUCCGACUAAUUUGGCCUCAUUGCGAUCCCAAGCAGGAGGCAAUUAACCAAAUCCGACUGAAUCUACACACACAGAUUGAAAACCUGGGAGAAAUGCUUCGUGUUUCCCCGCUCCCCUUUGGAGAGAGAUUGUACAAGUGCACUGGGAAGCGACACAACGCAAUCGUCAAGUGUCUCAACGCUGUGAUGAACCUUACUGGACUGGAUGGGUCGGCUCGGGAGUGCGAAAUGGCGUUGAACUUUAUUAGCCAGCGCAUUGGAGGCUUCCGCAUCAUUGGUGUCUGCGACGAGACUGCUGAUGAAAUGGAUCGCCAGGCACGGGAGCUCUGGAAUCAGUAUGGUGCUGGUAAAAAGUAUGGUUCUAUGAUGCCCAUGACAUACUUUAAGAUUGAUGAGUUCAAUCAUAUCAUUCCAGGCAUGUACUUCACUGACAUCUUCUGUACCUGUCCGUGGUGCCGGGGUUGA